GUGACAUGUGACGCCACAAACGAAUGUGCAGUGCGCAGUCUCUGUUUGCAAGUCAAGGCUACUGCUCGUUGUAAGUUAUUGACACUACGGAAAGUGAAGAUGUUGAUGAGACAUUUGAAGCAUUAUGAAAUUUUACCCGUUCUUGCCAUAACUGGGGUGGGCGUUGCUUUUUCGUUCUUCUACUUGGGCAGAUUGGCUCUGAAGAAUCCGGACUGCUCAUGGGACAAGAAGAAUAACCCUCAUCCCUGGUUGAAAAUAAGGCAUGACGAGAAUGUGAAGUUUUUGACAUUCCAGCCAAAAGCAAACUUCAAAGAUGAACGUCCAAAGUUCUAGUGUUGUAACAUCUAAUUAAAGCAAUCAAGAGACGUGAAUCCUACGUGUGACACUUGGUUUUUGAAGUUUCUUGUGAUUAUGGUCUUAUUGCAACACGAUAAUCUGCUGAAAGUGCAUGUAGCCAUGUCACUCGAGGCAAUUACUUACUGAGCACACAGUGUUAUUGUUUGAUCUAAAUUGUAUUGCAAUAUCUUAGCAAUAUUUAUUCUAUGCUGGUUGAUCAGAA